AUGGACGAUAACAAAUGGGUGCUCGACUCAUCAGUCGACCGUAAAGGACGAAUCCCUCUCCGUGCAAAGACCGGUUCAUGGAAGGCAGCCCUUUGCAUUAUAGUGAUGGAGUUUAGUGAGUGUCUAAGCUACUUUGCAAUAAUCACAAGCUUGAUCAUAUACCUUACGAAAGUGAUCGGUCAAGACGUGAAAACGGCUGCAAAGAACGUUAACUAUUGGAUGGGCGUCACCACCACAAUGCCACUGAUUGGCGGUUUUCUAGCCGACUCUUACCUCGGCCGGUUUUGGACGGUCAUGGCUGCCUCUGCUCUUUAUCUCCUGGGGUUGUUCUUGCUGACCAUGUCAAGUGUGGCCCCUGCCCUGAAGCCCUGUGCUGGCGACACCUGUCCCAAGGCUCGGAAGAUCCACGUGACGUUCUUCUUCCUCGCAAUUUACCUAAUCGCGAUAGCAACUGGCGGCCACAAGCCGACCCUCGAGAGCUUCGGUGCCGACCAAUUUGACGACGACCACCCGGAGGAGCGCAAGAAGAAGAUGUCCUUCUUCAACUGGUGGAACUCAGCAUUGUGUGCCGCAUUAAUAUUCUCGUCGACUGUGAUCGCCUACGUGCAGGACCACGUUAGCUGGGUCGCGGCCGAUGUCGUUAUCAUCUCCGUCAUGGGCUUUGCGGUGGUGCUUUUUUGGGCCGGUCGGUCGCUCUACCGCUUCCAAAAGCCCGCGGGUAGCCCAUUCACGCCGCUAGCUCGCGUGCUUGUCGCCGCUUUUGUCAAGAGGAAGCUUCCGUGCCCGUCGGGGAGUGAUGGGCUUUACGAGGUUCCGAUGGGGGACAAGGCAACUCGGGGGAGGCUCCUCGUCCGCACGGAUCGACUCAAAUUUCUCGACAAAGCUGCAAUCAUCGAAAACGGACAAAGCUUGCCCGACGAGCCGAACUCGUGGAGACUAGCGACUGUGACCCAAGUCGAGGAACUAAAGCUUGUCCUCAACGUGAUCGCCAUUUGGAUUACAACCGUACCCUUCGCGACAAGCCUAGUGCAGGCGACCACGUUCUUCAUCAAGCAAGGGAUGAUGCUCGACCGCACGCUCGGCAAGCACAACUUCUCCAUCCCGCCCGCCUCAAUGUAUGCGUUGUCCUCGAUCGGCAUGAUUGCCAUGAUCGCAAUUUACGAUUACGCCCUCGAGCCCCUCGUUCGGAAAAUCACGGGCCGCGAGAGGGGAAUAACCGUCCUCCGGAGGAUCGGCAUCGGCAUGGCCGUAUGCAUCCUCACCAUGUCGGUGGCGGCUGUCGUCGAGCGGCGGCGACUCGACUUGGUCCGGCGAGACCCGGCCCGCGGGUCGGCCUCGAUGAGCUUUUUCUGGUUGGCUCCGCAGUUUUUGCUAAUCGGGAUAGGGGACGCGUUCGCGUUCGUCGGGCUUCAAGAAUUUUGCUACGGCGAACUGCCCGACUCGAUGAGGAGCUUGGGAGUCGGUUUGUACUUUUGCAUGCUCGGGGCCGCAAAUUUCGUGAGCAGUCUUUUGAUAACGGUGGUAGACCGCGUGACGAGAAUCGGCGGGAAGAGUUGGUUUGGAAAGGAUUUGAAUAGUAGUCGGGUCGACUGUUUUUAUUGGUUGUUGGCCGGGAUCACGGCUUUGGAUGUUUGCGUUUUCGCGGUCCUUGCUAGCCGGUACACGUACAAGAACGUGAGGAGGUCGACGAGGAACGCGGUUGCCGAUUGUUAUGAGGGGGAAGAUGGUGUUGAAACAUUGACUUAG